CCUCACUUCACUUCACUUGGACACAAAAACAACGACAGAGUAGCCGCUUUCUUGGAUGGUAUCCAACGCCCAAUUACCAUUUCCUCAAAAUCAACCAAGUGUUUCAAUUUUUAUCAAAUGGGUUUCUACGAAUUCCGUUUCUUUCAAAUGGGGUUCCUGUAGAUUUCAAGUUUGAGUUAGAAUAUAUUUGCCUUUAAGAAUGGCAGUCAAAGUUUCUUCUUCAUUGUCCUGCGUUUCCACAUCUUUCUGUGCUUCAUUGCCAUCCAGAAGAACUCUCCAGGUCAGCUUGCCUCCAAGAUUACAUGAUUGUAGGCAACUGAAAACCAAAGUUAAUACAAGAUGUUCCAUAAAUGGAAGGUUGAACAUGAACCAAAGGUUCCCAAAAAGACGAUUUAUAUUCUUUGCCUCUGUGGAGGAUCUGAUCUCAGGAAGCAAUGAUAUAGAUUCAGAUGAUGGAACAGAUGAAGAAGAUGAUGAUCUUUUGAUUGAAGAUGAAGCAUCUAAAAGAUUUGAAACCCUUGAAAGAAGUGGAGGAAAGCCGGGUCUUAUCUCCUUUUAUAACCACCCAUACAAAAAUGAACCCGAAAUUCUUGUAUCUACUACACCCACAAUCUCAACUUCGGGUCAAACGAAACUCUACUGGUUUGUGGGUCCCGCUGUUCUUGUAGCCUCUUUCAUUUUCCCAUCACUUUAUAUGCGAAAGAUCCUGUCUAGUGUUUUUGAGGACUCUCUGUUGACAGAUUUCCUUAUAUUAUUCUUCACGGAAGCUCUAUUCUAUUGUGGGGUAGCCGUAUUCCUUUUGAUAGUAGACAAUUUACGCAGGCCUACCGAGCCAAUCAACACCAAAAACCGCAUGAUUCCACCUCCUCAAUUGGUUUACAGAAUCACUUCAGUGGCUGCAUUGGUACUCAGUCUCAUGAUUCCAAUGGUCACAAUGGGUUUAGUUUGGCCGUGGACAGGUCCAGCAGCUUCCGCUACACUUGCGCCCUAUCUUGUUGGCAUUGUUGUGCAAUUUGCAUUCGAACAGUAUGCAAGAUACAUCAAGUCACCUUCAUGGCCUCUCAUUCCCGUUAUCUUUCAAGUGUAUAGAUUGCAUCAGUUGAAUCGUGCAGCACAACUUGUGACUGCAUUGUCCUUAACUGUUAUAAGGGCUGAGUCAACACCACAUAAUUUGGCUAUAAAUGGUUCAUUGGGUAUGCUGUUGAAUGUUCUUCAGUGCCUUGGGGUGAUUUGCAUAUGGUCUCUUUCCAGCUUUCUUAUGCGGUUUUUACCUUCUGCUACUAUAACUGAACAAUGAGUCUACAAAAAAGAACAGUUUAAUUGGUCAUGUAGGUUGUUACAGAUACUACAUAUUUUUUAGUAACUGGAUUUUUUCUGUUGUACAUAUGAAAGAAGC